AUGUGGGGAAGAAGCUGGCUUCCCAUCGCCAGCGAUGACGUAGCCCCUGUGAGAUACAGCCCUGAGUGUGCUCUGCCUGAGAUAACCAGAGAAGGUCGAUACUACUCAAAUGAGUACGCCGGUGCCGACUAUAUAAGAGAAGCGCAUGGCCCUGGAGGGCGCAUCCCCCCUCUCCGGGCGCAGCACCGACCGCCCCGCUCCGCGCCCGGCGGAGCCUCCGCGGGGACCCGGGCUUUCCGGCGGCGGCAGAGGACGGCUCUGCCCAGCCCGCUCGCAAGCAGCCAGACUUGCCUCCGCUUGAAGGUGCAGGAGAUCCAGGCUGUGCUGGGCAUGGGGGCUUGGUUCACCUUCUGGAGGAUGCUCAGGCUGGGGCAGAGAGCUGUUUCUCCAGCGCUGGCACAGGUCAGGCCUGGCCGUGACAAGCAGGGGCAGUUCAGGGCCAAGCACAGCUGCGUGGUGAUGUUCACAGACUCUGCUUGGCCAGGAGACCGGGCAGCGGGUCACCUCUGCCGCAAAAUUUUCCCAAGAGAUUCCAGUCUAAAAGACAAGUUCAUAAAACACUUUACAGGGCCAGUCACAUUUUCAUCAGAGUGUAGCAAGCACUUUCAUCGACUGUAUCACAACACAAGGGACUGCUCAACGCCAGCCUAUUAUAAAAGAUGUGCAAGGUUGCUAACAAGAUUAGCAAUGAGCCCUUUGUGUACACAGUCCUAGGAUGUUUGCUAUACUUUCUACUAAGGAGAGAAUUCUGAUUUUCCAAGAAAGUGCCUUGAAAUCUUCCAAGACAGAGAAGACAUCUUUUACCUUUUUGAUUUACAACGUUUUGUUACUAGAUGCAUUUUAUUUUCCUAUAUUUGUUGGGACAUUCCAUAUUUGUGUGAAACAUUAUUUUAUUUUAAUUUGUAAAUUUGUUGCCUAUAGUUCAGACAAGCCAAUUAUUUAAAUACAUUGUAUAUAAAGAAUACUAAUGAUAUACUGAUUAAAUGUUAUAACCAUAUGCAGGGAGUUGGUAAAAUUUUGCUGUUUCUCUUGUUCCAUUGUAUUUACAUCAUUCUGCUCAGGCUCUUACUUUCAUUAUUUGCACUAACUUGAAAUACAGAAGUCUAUGUAACUGAAAUCUGAAUAAGCUGUAAGUGGGGAAGUUUUACUUGCCAUGGAAGAUAUUUUAUAUUAUGAAGCUUUGUUAAUAUAUACAUAUAUAUUAUUGCGCAUCAGAAAAAAAAAACCUGCUCAGAAAUGCACCUUGCUUUCAGAAACAUUUGUAUGACUAUUCUGGAUUUUCAUCAGUUACAUUUGUACUGGCACUUACGGAAAGAGUUGCAAAUAAUGUAAAUAUAAAGACUGGAAAACUGCAAUGCAGUUUUGGUGGAAUAAAGAAC